AUGUGGCUAACACACCGUUUGGUUUCAGAUGAGGAGCGAAGUGGUGCACCGGCAGCGCAGCUAGAGAUGCGCUCCAAGCAGCAGCCGAGGCCUUCAUACCGCUGGCUCAAUUCUAACGAUAACGGUGGUAUAUUUGCACAUUUCGCACUAAAACCACCUCGGGUUGUUCCUACAAGAGCGCAUUGGAGACGCUCCGGGGUUCCCCACGCAUUCUACCGGCUCCAUUAUGCGUCUCAAAAGCUCUGA